CCAGGACCAAGACCAACAAAACCGGACGCGCUCAAUGGAGUUCAGCCCUCAUUAGUUGUAGUUGGUUUGUGCGUUUUCCUACUGCCGUGAAGAAAAUAAUAAAAAAAAAAGAACUCAAAACGCAGCGUGCCAACAGAGUUACACGUUGCAUUCUGGAGUCCGGACGCUGUUCGGCGCCCUCGCACCGUGAAAGCACUCGGUCCGUCCUGUGGUCCGACAGCUUUGACUCUGAAACUCCCACCACCGGGCAUUUCCAGCCUUCGCAGCGGCGCGCACAGGCACGCAGGCGUCCCCGGGAGCGCACGGAGUCACGGACUGCGUCGUGGAGGAAUGGACUCCUCUGCGCCGCGCCAGAGGACCGCCGGGUGCGUGCUGUGUUGGGCUGGGAGCGGCAGGAGCUGAAGGCUUGAGGAGGAGGAGGAGGAGGAGGAGGAGGAGGAUGGUCGCGUCCGUUUCCAUCUAAUUCCUGCCUUUACGCAUGGUGGAGAGGUACAGUGCAGUCCGCCGCCUGGCUCUGUAAUCCGCCCGUCGGGAGGAGCAGGGAAAGCCCUGCCCAGACGGAGGCAGCGAGAGGGGAGGGAGAGUUUCAAGUCGAGAGAGUUGACAGGAGGAGGACUUGGUCAUAUCAGCUGCUGGAAACCGAAAUCAAGUGACUUGUUGGAGGAGGAUCCUUCAAACUGUUCCUCUUGGCACCAUGAGUGGACCCACAAAUGUUCAGUACCAGUCUGGUGUGUACGGAGGAAACAACAACAACAGCAGCUCUCCUCUCUGCAGCCGUGGAAAUUCACCCAUCGUGUGCGAGCGCUGUGGGGAGGUUUGUCGCGGCGAGGUCGUGCGCGUCAAGAACACACACUUCCAUGUUCAAUGCUUCACCUGCCAAGUGUGUGGCUGCGACUUGGUGCACUCGGGUUUCUUCCACCACUCUGGAGAGUACAUCUGUACCGAGGACUACCAGCGGCUCUACGGGACGCAGUGCGACAGCUGCGACCAGUACAUCACCGGAGAGGUGGUGUCCGCCCUGGGCCGGACGUACCACCCGCACUGCUUCGUCUGCAGCAGCUGCAGGAGUCCGUUCCCAAUUGGCGACAGGGUGACCUUCUGUGGGAAGAAGUGUGUGUGUCAGCAGUGCUCACACUCUCUGAACAGCGACAAGCCCGUCAAGGUCCACGGACCGAGCUACUGUGCAGGCUGCGGCGAGGAGAUCAAACAGGGUCAGUCUCUGCUGGCGCUGGAGAGACAGUGGCAUGUCAGUUGUUUCAAAUGUGGUACGUGCGGCUGCGCGCUCACUGGAGAGUACAUCAGCAAGGACGGGAUACCUUACUGUGAGGCCGACUACCACACACAGUUCGGGAUCAGGUGCGAGACCUGUAACAGGUACAUCAGCGGCAGAGUACUGGAGGCUGGAGGGAAACACUACCACCCCAGCUGUGCCAGGUGUUCGCGCUGUCACAUGAUGUUCGGGGAAGGAGAGGAAAUGUACCUUACAGGUUCAGAGGUCUGGCACCCCAUGUGUAAAGAAGCAGCUCGGCUCCAGAGAAAACUGAGGCAGCUGCGACGCACCUCUGAGACGGCGUCCAUUUCUCCUCCGGGCUCCUCUCCUCUCCUCGGCUCCCCGCACCGGCUCAUCUGUUCUAAGGCUGAUGGGGAUGAUUUGGACUACAAGCAGCUGGCGGCUCUGCCCAGGGUCAAAGCCGUAUAUGAGAUCCAGCGGCCUGACAUCAUCCCUUAUCAGUCCGACCAUGCGCGCACACACCUCUCGGAUGACACUCUGGAGGGACUCAGCUGUGGACAGUCGUUGGGCUCCUUAUCGCCGUACUCUCAUGAUGUUUUGGACAGUGUGGAGUUGAGAACGAGGCGUUCCUCCAGCUCUGCCUUCACUGACUCCCCUGCACACAGUCGCCACGGAGGUUCCCCACUGCAUUUUUAUCUCCCCGGCAGUGAGAGUGGCAGGAGUUCGCCAUAUUACACUCAGCCAGAGCCCACGUGUGCUACACCCACCGCCACGAACCAAGCCCCCAAGCAUUUCCAUGUGCCAGCUUCUGAAGAAUCCAACAUCUACAGGAAACCCCCCAUCUAUAAGAGACAAGACUUCUCCGCCUCUGCAACAGUCAAUAAGAGUAAGACCAAUGAGAAUCUCAUCAAUUCCAGUUGCCUUUCUCCCUCCAGCUGUAACAGCGCUUAUCACCCAGACUCCAACUACUACCCAUAUACUGGCUCUCCAAAAGUCUCCAGAGUGAGGAGGUUUUCAGCUGGAGGGGAGGAGGACGGAUGGAAUCACAAUAUCAACAGGGGGAUUGGCAGGAUGAUCCUGAAGGAGGAGAUGAAGGCGCGGUCUGGUUGUCACGACAAUGACCAGUGGGGGAGCAGACGCAGUUCCCGCUGUAGCAGCAAGGAGGCGCUGAACAAUGUGGAAUACAGCUCCCUCAAUGGCUCUCCCAGGUCCGUCUGCAGUAUAGACAGCGACUCAUACAUCGCCAAGUCAUCCUCAUUACCAGGCUACGGCAAAAAUGGAAUAAACAGGCAGCCCGGGAGUGCCGGAGCAGAUUAUUACCAGUAUGACAGCGGUAAUGCAGUCAAUUGGCAGAUCAGAGAAUACAAGAUCUACCCGUAUGAAGCCCUGAUGGUGUCAGUCAGAGGGAAGCAGCGUCUCCCCAGUGACGCGGACCGAGCCAGACUGGAGCGUCACCUCUCACCAGAGGAUUUCUUCAGAGUCUUUGGCAUGUCCAUGUCUGCCUUUGACCGCCUCGCUCAAUGGAAAAAGAACGAACUCAAGAAACAGGUCCGACUCUUUUGAGAAAAUUUAGUCAGCAGGGACCGUCUGACUAACUCCAGGCCCUACUGCCAGCAGUGUGCUUUAAACAGUAGCCUCCACAAAGGCCUACUGACCCCAGACUGACUUUGUGUCUCCGUGGAAGAGGAACUGGCUGAAAUGAAAAGGUCUCUCUUCAAUUGAGAUGGCAAGAGGAGAACUUACUUGGACCUGUGGCGUGUACUUUGACAUUACCUGGCGUGUACUUUGAGCACAAUGUAUGAAGUCAGCCAACUGGCCAAAUUAGAGGAAAUACUGGGACACGAGAGCAAAUAUUUCCAGAGUCAGCAGACGAGUCCACACUGGACCUGAAAAAGAAAAAUGAGAAGAGGGGGGAGUUGGCUGCUUCUCCCUGCCCUACCAGCAGAUGUCAGUGUGUUAACAUGAUUAGCAGGGUGGCAGACUGAUCUCCCCCAGUACACAAUAAACUGAGUUUCUGCCACUUUACAGUUCGGUUGAAAUGCUGCCUUGAAGACAAACUGGUGCGAUAUAAAAAAAUAUAUACAUUUUUAUGUCAAAAACACAGAUACUAUACAAAGUGGUUCAUAAGCUGAUAAGACAUGUAGAUGAAGGUUACUGAGUGUGAUGGACACAGUGUUUUUAUAAUAUCAAUGAAAACAAAGCUUUUCUUUUUUAAUUGCUGGCAUGUGUUUGAUUUGAAUAUUUGAAGCCAUAUCAGUAUUUAAAAGUAAAUUCCAAUGACAUGAGUAGAUUGUUCAGUUUACAGAAGUGUUUUUUCAAACAAGAACACAUGAUGUGACGGUUAGAUGUGAAUGAACUGUGUCAUUGGUGUGAGCUCAGACAUCUUAGUUAAGUUUAGAAAAUCAGGUUUUAGUACGAUACACACGGUAAAAUAAGAUAUUUUUCUGUCACUGGUUUUAUUUAAGGAAAUACAUUUUUUGUCAUUUCAUUUCCAUUAGAAGCCAGCUGAAAAGAGAAUAAAUACAAACUGUAAACUGAGGGAAGUGAAUAGGACGAGGUGAACGAAGGAAGGAUAAGAGAAAAGGAGGAAGUAACAUGGGAAAGAAUAUUUGAAGGGAUAAACAAAGACAUGCAAAUGGCAAAGGAGUGCACACAAGUGUGUGUGUGUACACCACAUUAAUUGUGCGAAACUUUAAUUUUCAAGUCCACAAUCUAACUUAUUUUUGAAAUUAUUGGACUAACAAGUAUAAUUUAUAACCCUGUGUCUGUCACUCAAACGUCUCAAUAAAUUAUUUAAAUAUCA